AUGUCCAAACGUCCGAAUGGACUAUUUGGCGAAAAAUGCGAUCGAAUCAAACUAAAGUCUUCAUUGAAUGAGUCUUCUCAUCAAAAGGAAAUUGAGGCCAAGGCAAAGGCGAUAAACACCGAACCGAUUAAAAUAAGGGAAGAUUUGAGACUCCACGAACUGGAUUCAUCUGGUAGUCAUCCAGAUGCAAUACCUCCUCUGUUGGAAGAAAAAGAGCGUCUGGUUGAAAUGAUGGUCGGAGACGAGAUCAUAAAGCCACCUAAGUUACCACGGGCAGCACAAUUUGCUCUGUUGGCUCACAUGAAGAACACAAAGAUACCCAGGAAUGACCUCAUUCUUAGAAUUCUUUCAGACAGUGGUUACCUAAAAUUUCAUACCACUACACCCUUUACAUAUUUGGAUGCCAUUUCACUUAACAUAAAAUUUGGCAGAACAGUGCCACAUUUCUGUACUACUGAAGCUGCAAAAGGAGAAAAAAGGAAUGGGGGGAGCAGCUGUCGAUAUUCUGCGAACGUUUCUACUGGCUGUUGCGAAGAGAACCUAUGUGAAGGGAAGGACAAAGGUCAGGCUAUGGUUUGGAUUGAACACCAAAGGAUAGAAAAAAUUAAUAAAAUCGAGAAUGGAAGAACACACACGAAACCCUUAAACCCAGCUGUUUACGCUGGUUUACAAUCAGAUUUGCAAAGCUCGUGUGAACGUCGAAAAUGA